GMGAUGGCGAUGCUUAGAAGCAUUUUUAGCUUUACAUUAAGAUCAGGCUCUUUCACUAGUAUUUAYGAGGCUACAAGGACCUUAGCAAACAAGAGAAGUCCUAAAAUCUUCUAUAGUACUUCUGUUUUCACUGGCAAGAAAGGAACAAUGGACCUGUCUGGAAUCUACCCACCAAUAGUAACCCCCUUUGACAAAAAUGAAGACAUCGAUUAUCAGGCAUUACAGAAAAACUUUGAAAAGUGGAAUAAGAUUCCUUUCAAAGGAUAUGUUGUACAAGGUUCCAAUGGUGAAUAUGCAUAUAUGCGACCUGAGGAAAAAAUUGAUCUUGUCAAAAAAGUGAGACAACUUACCACUGAUGAUAAAAUCAUACUUGCUGGAUCUGGAUGUGAAGCAACAAGGGAUACCAUUGAAAUGACAAGAAAAAUGGCACAAGUAGGAGCAGAUGCUGCUCUUGUUGUAACACCAUGUUUUUAUAAAGGGAGUAUGACUGCUGAAGCACUAGAACAACAUUACAUUAAAGUAGCUGAUAGUUCACCAGUUCCUGUAAUACUGUAUAGUGUGCCUGGAAAUACAGGAAUAGACUUGCCUGCUGAUGUGGUUAUUAAACUAUCAGUACAUCCAAAUAUAAUAGGAGUCAAAGAUAGUGGAGGAGAUAUCACAAAAAUAGGAUACAUGAUUCAUAAAACAGCUGAGAAUAACUUUCAAGUACUUGCAGGCUCAGCUAGUUUUCUGCUAGCRUCAUAUGCUCUUGGUGCCGUGGGAGGAGUGUGUGCACUUGCUAAUGUUCUUGGGGAAGCAGUUACACAGUUACAUCAAAUGUUUAAUGAUGGAAAGAUGGAGGAAGCAAAAUUACUGCAACACCGAUUGAUUCUGCCAAAUACUGCAGUUACGAAGACAUUUGGUGUGCCAGGUUUGAAGGCGUCUAUGGAAAUGAUGGGUUACUAUGGAGGACCUACAAGAUCGCCUCUUCUUAAACUAAAGGAAAACCAGUUAUCUGAAUUGAAACAAAUAUUUAGCGUUUUUGAUGGUUUUCAAGGCUAACAUCAAUAAACGAGACUGCAUGUUUUACAAUGAUUCGGUUUUUGAGAAAUUUUCCAGUUUAAUGGGAUAACCAGAAUUAAUUAUUCUAAUGUUUUCUUACAAUCAAGAGAUGGAUCUUGCAGGAAAUGUUUUUUGGGUUGGAACCCCGCGUACCGGUGGCUACAACGCAGKUCUGUCUGUCUAUAAUUUAUUUUCAUAUUGAUCCAUAUCUUGGA